GGGAUCCGCCUCUGUCAGGGGACAUAAGUGACAGCGCGGGGAGAGUGUGAUAGGUUGAGGGCGCCUGGCCAGAGGACCCUCAGAGACAGUGAGUGGGGUGAGAGCAUGAGGGAGGACUGACAAGGAGGAAAAGAGUUUCAAAGUCCCCAAAAAACUGAGAGGAGGGCAACUUGAACACCUGUGGGGCCACAGAGCACUUCUAGGACCUGCAGAAGGUGUAGUGGGUGCCGUUCCCGGCCACCAGCGCAGGAUGGACUACACGCCGCUGUCGGGACAGGAACCCCUUUCUCAUUACGCCGAUUCUGAGCUGGCCACCGCCUCCGACGACUCCGACUUCUUCUUUGGGCUGGGAGGAGAGGGCAGCCAGACUCAGUACGGAGCGGCCGGCGGCACCCGAGGGAUCGAGGGACCCAGACACUCUCCAGCGCACACAACGUUCCCAUCUCCGUGGCCAGAGAGCGUCCCGGGACUCUCGCACACUCUGGCUGCAUACGGAAGAAGCGUCACAACGUUCCCCCUUUACCAUUCGAGCGCAUCUCCGCUGGGCCCCCUCUCCUCUUCCCCCCUCUACACAUCCGCCCCGUUCCUGCUGAGUCCGGCGCCUGUGCUGGAGCGGGAAGGAAGCCCCAAGUUCCUGGAAUCGCUGAAGACGGAGAGGAUGAGUCCUCUGACAUCAGAUCUUCUGCCCCUGGAGCCAAGAAGCCCCGGUAACCAGAGCUUUCCCCACAUGGGGUACAUGGGGGGCGCACAGGACUUCAGCACCACCUCCUUCCAGCCGACAGAAGAUCGCGAGUGCGUGAACUGCGGCGCUACCGUGACCCCGCUGUGGAGACGCGACGUGAGCGGCCACUACCUGUGCAACGCCUGUGGCCUUUACCACAAGAUGAACGGGCAGAACCGGCCGCUGAUCCGACCCAAGAAACGACUGAUUGUCAGUAAGAGAGCCGGGACCCAGUGCAGUAAUUGCCACACAAGCACCACCACUCUGUGGAGGCGAAACGCCAGCGGGGACCCCGUGUGCAACGCCUGUGGACUCUACUACAAACUGCACAACGUGAACCGUCCCCUGACCAUGAAAAAAGACGGGAUUCAAACACGGAAUCGGAAGGUGACCAGCAAGUCCAAAAAGAAGAAGUCAGCAGACAAUGCUUUUGAACUUCCUAAGGGCCCCCCGGAGGAGCCCGCCAUGUACUCACUGGGGCCACUCUUCCUUCCUGGAGGGAUCCCGGCCAUGGGACACCUGAUGCCGUGCUCUCCCCCUCCUCACCUGAUGACAUCCAUGAGAAUCCCUCACUCUCCUCCCAUGCCGUACAGACCGCAAACGAUGUCAGGGGCCACCUCGGCCCUCAGCUAAUGACAGGAACACCCAGUGAUUUCAGGGACACCCCCUGAACCCCCAGUGCAGAGACCCCCUACACCCCCCGCUCCACACACAGCCCACCCUACUGCAGCCCUCACACACGGCAGGGGCAUCUCCUGCCACCCCGCUAACCGUCACACUCAUCCCAUAGGCCAUUCCAGCCACCUCCUCUGAGGGGCCGCUCCUCAGCGUAUCCGUAACUGCCCCGUUCCUUGUAUAUUUUACCCGAAGUUGCCCCAGAGCCCCGCGUGCGACGCCCACGAUCACGUCUGGACUCCCGGUGGGGGCGGCGAGGGGCUUUAUUCCUGCGAGAAUGUUGGGGAGAUCAGGAAACGAUCCCAAAGGGAUCCACCUGGCAGAAAGCGCCUCCUGGAAACGGGGGCCACAACCCCAACCUGCCGAGGGCCUGCGGAGCCCACCAAACGACUUCCACGCAAACACGAAGCGUCUCGCUCCCAUCAGGACCCAGUUAACUUCAUACAACACUGACAGUAAAUGUUUAACACGCACAUACAUGAACAUGUUACCAAACAACAUGCAGGGAACCCAAUUGCAACAAUGUAUCUACCGGUAAAGAUGAAUUAAAUAAUCAUUUCAUCCACGA